AUGGAGUGGCAGAUAUAUUUGGGCAUUGCGUUUACACUGUGGAUCGUCCAGGUUCUCUAUUCAGCUGUCUCGUCUCCUCUGAGGCGCGUCCCCGGUCCAUUGUACACAUCUCUGACCAGGUUACCUCUGAAGUUCGCAAGUCUCACUGGGAAUCGCAUUUAUUUUGUGCACGAAUUGCAUCGGAAAUAUGGCCCAAUUGUCCGCGUUGCCCCGGACGAGGUUGACAUAUCUUCACUUGCCGAAUUCAGGGAAAUUCAUCGCGCCGGAACUCCAUUUUUGAAGUCAAAAUGGUACGAAAAGUUUGUUCCUUCGAAAAGAUCCGGAGUCUUUACAAUGAGAGACCCUAAAGAACAUGCUGCGCGGAGAAAACUGUUCGCACGUCCAUUUUCGAAAUCAGAGCUGCGCCGAACCUGGGAGCCAGCUGUCAAAGAGAAAGUCCAAUUGGCAGUCUCUCAGAUCCGGCUGGAGUUAAAGACAGACGGGAAAUCCGACUUGCUCAAAUGGUGGACGUUCCUUGCCACCGAUGUGAGCGGUCAUUUGAUGUUCGGCGAGUCAUUUGACAUGCUUCGGGUUGGGAAAAAAAACCAAUAUAUCCAUGUGUUGGAGUCCACCAUGAUGGGCUCUGGAAUCGGGGCGGAGCUUCCGUUACUGGCGUGGCUCGGUCGUCACAUUCCUCUUUCAUCGUUUCGGAACAUGUUCCGAGCAACCGACUACCUUUUCCAGUACGGACAGCGGGCGAUAACAAAUAGCCGGACGACUAGUAAUGCCAGUCGUAACAUCUUUGCAGGCAUGUUGCAUGAGUCAGAGAAGGGCGACGGCAUUAUUACCGAUGAAGAGGUGGUGUUGGAGGCUGGGAAUCUCAUCGUGGCCGGCUCAGAUACUACCGCAAUCACUCUGACAUACCUCGUCUGGGCAGUACUCUCGCAGCCGAACCUGCAACGCGAACUAGAGCAAGAAGUCAAUAGUCUUAGCGCCGAUUUCAAUGACGCUGCGUUGGAGGAGUUACCGCUGCUUAAUGCAGUCAUCAUGGAAGCAUUGAGGCUAUACGGGGCAGCCCCGGGGGCGUUACCUCGAGAGACACCUGCGGGUGGAGCGACGUUCUGUGGCUACUUCAUCCCCCAAGGAAUGACCGUGAGCACCCAGGCCUAUUCAAUCCACCGGGACAGGGAUGUUUAUCCAGAUCCCGAAAGGUUUGAUGUCAGCCGCUGGCUCGCAACGGAGACGAGCGCUUCUGAACUUGCCAAGAAGGCCUUUUCGCCGAAGCAUAAAGCUGCUGCCGUUCGUCACGAAACAGUAACAUCUGUUGUGGAGGGGGAAAGCCGCCUACCGAAGGCCUCGAGCAAGACGGGGAUGUCGCCUCUCUCGGGAGAUGAAUGGGUCUACCAACUGGGAGGCUUAUGUGGCCCAGGGGCAGGCCUGCGCAGCGUGGAGAUGCCCUUCGCGGAAAUCGAUUCUAUAUUUGACUCCAUCUUUGGUGCACAUGCAGACGAAAUCAAUCCCGACUCCAAUUUAAAGUCGGUAUCCAACCCCGUACGACUCUACGGCAGUAAUGAAGAUAUACUUGACGCUUAUUACGUUUUUAUCCAUCCUUAUUUCCCAAUAUUGCCCCCAUCUGAACAUCAGCCCGUGUCUAGCCGUCCGUUAGCUAGAGGCCCUCCAACCUUUGAGCCGACGAGUCCUCUUAGCCUGGCUAUUUCAGCUAUUCUGUCUCUGAUACCCCAUCCGAACGAAAGAAAUUCCAAGACGACAGAGUAUUUGAAGAGACGAAGGGAAUAUGCACAUUGUUUUGCACAAACGGCCCUUGGCGUCAUUGAAAGAGACUAUGAACUGCUCAGUAUGGGCCAGAAUUCACAGACUGGUCCAGCUGACACUACCAAAGCCUUUGAACGAGUACCGUUUCAUCCGAAGCUGGAAGUACCCCUGGAGGGCGUUGUGACAUUGUCAAUACUUAGUAUUUAUGAGUAUGCACAGCGGGGGAACAUUGAUAAUAUGCUUCAACGGGCCAACCAGGCCCUUGCACUGGCCAUGAGUAUGUCCCUGCAUGAAGCGGUAGAGGAAGAACAGUAUGCAGACUCUAAACGGAGGGUUUGGUGGAUGACGUAUAUGAUGGCAUGUCAAGCAGCGGCUAUUAGCGGAACGUCUCCAGCCUUUGAUCUUUAUGAUCCAUGGUUUGUAACUCCAUAUCCGGAAGGGUGGAAACUCAUCGUCGAGGCCCAACAGGUCCUUGUCGAAUCUGCCGGAUUCGCCAAUGAUCUUGAUAAGACGAUGCUUGAAGCUGGUGACACAUCAUGGGUUUCCAAACGCAUGAAGGAGCUUGACAGGCAAAUAUCUUCUCUAUUAUUCAGCAGUCGAGAUGCUCCUCUUGUGUCUCAGAUGGCUCCACAGCCUGAAUCCAUUGAAUGCAUGACAUCGAAGGCCAUGAGGGAUUUUGCAGAGAUCAAGCUACACACGGCGCGGAUCAAACUGCAUCGAAUGUGCGCUUUUCAAGAUAUUCUAUCUGGCUCUAUACGACACCCAGAGGUAUCCAUACCUACGGACAGUAAUUCUCGGAUGGAUAUGCCGUUAGAAAUGAGCAGCGACUCUAGCCUGGUUGAAGACUUAUCGCUGAUGUCCCAGAUUCAUAAACUUCAGAUGCCGUUUUCUAGCGAAGAGUCAUCAAAGAUUUGUCUGCAUGCAGCACUCAACAUUGUCACAUUGCUCGAUAACCUUCUCUAUCCGAAUCAUACCAGCGACAUCCUAGCUAAUACACAAUACGCCCGCGGGGGGUGUGGCAAUGAACUGCCUCGAACCAUGCCAACGGUGGUAUGCUGCGGAGUGCAGUCCAGCUAUGCAAUGCUGAUGCUGGGUCUCAAAGCGCGGGCUAUCCAACACACCGCGCCUGACGACAUCAAUGCUCUGGAUACCACCUCUUUAUCCGACUUCCGAAACGAGCUAUAUCACAACUUACGGCUGAUCGUCAAGUUCUUAGAGAAUUACUCUAUUGCAUUCGAAGCCAUACAGGGGAUAAGUGAUAAAUUAAAUCAGGCCAUAGACCGAGAGUUCUUGGCGUAG